CAUCUCUAUUUUUGCACAAGCUAUGACAUCUGGCAGCUCGAUCAGCUGUUUAGCCGCUUUAAAUAUAAACAAACUUUUGCUGAACUUUUUGUUUUAACUUAUUUUAACUGAAAAUGUUUAGUUUACGAUAUGCAAAGGUCCUCAGGCAGUGCCUCCACACUACACACAGACUCUGCCACAGCGAGGUACGCGUGCGCUUUGCUCCAAGUCCCACCGGUUACUUGCACCUGGGCGGCCUGCGCACCGCGCUUUAUAAUUAUUUAUUUGUACGACAUUCCGGUGGCAAAUUCCUGCUGCGCAUUGAGGAUACAGAUCAAACGCGACUAGUUCCGGGCGCCACAGAGCGGCUUAUUGAAGAUUUGUUGUGGGCGGGCAUCGAAAUAGAUGAAGGACCAGGAUUUGAUGGAGCCUAUGGACCUUACAUUCAGAGUCAACGCAGAGAGCUGUACAGCCAAGCAGUGGAGCGUCUGCUAGAGAAUGGCAGUGCGUAUCGCUGCUUCUGCACGGAACGUCGUUUGGAUCUGUUACGUAAGGAUGCGCUGCGCACCCGCCAGGUGCCACGAUACGACAACAAGUGUCGCCAUCUAACGGCGGAACAACUUCAACAGCAGCUGGACAAAGGAACGCCUUACUGCAUACGCUUCAAACUGACGUCCCAUGAGGAGCCGCUGCAGGAUCUCAUCUAUGGCAGCGUGCAGCAUAAUGUUAGCGAAACGGAAGGUGAUCCGGUUAUCAUGAAAAGCGAUCUCUAUCCCACGUAUCACUUGGCCAAUGUGGUAGAUGACCAUCUGAUGGGCAUAACACAUGUGCUGCGAGGCGUCGAAUGGCAAAUCUCAACGACGAAGCAUUUACUGCUCUACAAGGCCUUUGACUGGCAGCCACCACAAUUUGGUCAUCUGCCGCUGCUGGUCAACGCGGAUGGCAGUAAGCUGAGCAAGCGCCAAGGUGACAUUGGCAUCAAGCAGUUCAGAGAUCGUGGCUACUUUCCUACGGCGCUGCUUAACUACAUCAUCUCUGCCGGCGGCGGCUUUGAGCAUAGAAGCCAUAGCAAGCCGCAGCUCUACUCCAUGGACAAUCUUGCAAAGCAGUUUCUUUUGGAGCGUGUUAAUGCCCAUCCAAGUCGCUUGAAUGCCGAGCUGCUCAAUGACUACAAUCAGCUGGAGCUGAAGGCUCAUCUAGCUGAUCCUCUUAAAUGCCAAAAACUAGUUUCGCAUGUACAGCAACUCAUUCGGCAAGCUUAUCCAGACCACUCCCAUUUGGAUCUAGCGGAGUCCCAUAUAGAAGCAGUGCUUCACUGGUCAGCGCAACGUUUGACCCUGCUGCAGGACUUAACUAGCAGCAAGCUCAGUUUCUUGUGGGUUAAACCAAGUCACGUUGUGCUGAACGAUUUGAAUGCGACACAAUGGGAAGAGCUGCUGCAGCAACUGCAAGCUCAGCCCAGCUUUCACAAGGAUCAGCUGAAUGAGCUGCUGAGAAGCUAUGCCAAAGCAGCGUCCAUAAAGUUUCCCGCGCUAAUGAAAACGCUGCGCGGUGCAUUGAGUGGACUGCAGGAAGGGCCUGGCGUGGCGGAAAUGAUGGAAAUACUGGGCAAAGAUGUAGUUCUGCAACGUCUACAGGAGAGUCUGGAUAAGCAGAAGCAGCUGCAGCUGCAACAAUAGAUUACAAAGACUUUUUGACUA